UGAAAUUCGAAUUUUGUUUACUUCGGUUCCUUCUCAUCCUUCACGCCUCCUCUCUAUCUCUUCAAACCAAAUCGGAAUGGAUGCCUUUUCAUCUUUCUUCGAUUCUCAACAACCUUCUACAAACCCUUGGACCUACGAUUCUCUCAAGAAUUUCCGGCAGAUUUCCCCCGUCGUUCAAUCUCAUCUCCACCAGGUUUACCUUACUCUGGGUUGUGCUUUGGUUGCAUCUGCUGCUGGAGCUUAUCUCCAUAUUCUGUGGAACAUUGGCGGAAUCCUCACUGCACUUGCUGGUAUUGGAUGCAUCACAUGGCUAAUGGCCACUCCUCCUUAUGAAGAGAGAAAGAGGCUUUCUAUGUUAAUGGCGGCUGCUCUUCUUGAAGGAGCAUCAAUUGGUCCUUUGAUUGGGUUGGCUAUCGAGAUUGAUCCAAGUGUUCUGGUCAGUGCCUUUGUGGGAACUGCUGUGGCUUUUGGUUGUUUCUCUGCAGCAGCCAUGUUGGCAAGACGUAGAGAAUUCCUUUACCUGGGUGGCUUACUUUCUUCUGGGAUAUCCAUGUUACUCUGGUUGCAUUUCGCUUCAUCUAUAUUCGGUGGUUCUACUGCUCUUUUCAAGUUUGAGUUGUACUUUGGGCUAUUGCUGUUUGUGGGCUACAUGGUAGUUGAUACUCAAGAAAUAAUCGAGAGGGCUCAUCUUGGUGAUAUGGACUAUGUGAAGCAUGCCCUGACUCUUUUCACUGAUUUCGUUGGUGUUUUCGUCCGACUUCUCAUUAUUAUGGUAAGGAACUCGGUAGAGAAGAAUGAGGAGAAAAAGAAGAAGAGGAGGGACUAAAUGCAUGGAUUCAAGUCUCUUUUUGAAUGAAGCAAGUGAACUUUUAAAACCCUUUGUCGUCCUGUAUAUGUGUAAAUUAUUAUGGUGAAGUUGUGUUGUAAUUUUCUUCGUUUCUUGUGAGCCUUUUUGGGGGCUAAAGCAGAAACUAAUAAAAUGAAAUCACACGGAGUUCAGAUUUUCUUUGAAAA